CGUGAGGUACCGUAGGUAGGCACAGCCUUUGGCUGGUGUGCUGGGACCCUGCUACUCUACAUAACGCUGCGACAUACUCUUACGCUACCAGGGUUUCUCUAUUCCCCCUGGACACGAGCGUCCAUUUUUGCGAUGCAGGGGGAAACAGAGUGUGGAGCUCCGUGUGCCUUUUGGGGAUAUAUUCAUCAUCUCGACGGUUUAAAAGAACGAUGCAUGCAGCCGCCAGUGUGUCGUCGUGUCGAGGCAUUACCCAUUGGAGAAUAAUAGCAGCGUCGGCACUGGGCAUCGCCCUGGGACUGGGCAUCUUGGUCGGUCGGCAAUCCAGGCUGUCGGUCGUGACGGCUCCGGCGUGCGCGUCCCGCGCCGAGGUCGCCCUCGUCAUUAUGACGAAGGACGACUGGCCGCUGGCGUCGCGGUGGCUCGCGUGGCACGGGCACGUGUACGGUUUCGAGCACCUUUACGUGUUCGACGGCAGCACGGGCGCCCAAAAAGACCACCUCCAGGACGUGACGGCGAGCUAUCCCAUCCACCUCCGCCACAGCCUCGUCGAUCUGAACCACAUCGAAGACAACCUCGCGCGCUGGAUCGACGAGAUCAAGGCGCGAUACGACUGGAUCAUCAAGGUCGACACCGACGAGUUCGUCGCGCACGUGGCACAGGGCGCGCGCGCGCCCGACGUGACGACGUCGCGGCUCGGCCUCCCGCCGGCGCGCGUCUCGGACACGCUGCGCACGGCGUGGGCGUUCGACGUCGAUGCGAUCCAACGCGGCCCGCCGACCGACGGCGAGCAUGCCAAGAUGUCGCGCGCGGGCGUGCAUAAGCAGAUCUACAGUGGGGCACGCUACCGACGGCGAUUCUUUAACCUCGGGAGCCAUGCCUGGCACAACCGGUCCGCACCGGAAGCAGAGGGCCUCGCAAUCGUUCACUACCACCAGAGAACCUACGAGGAUUUGAUUCGCUUGGCGCACGACGUCAUCGUGAGUCACGGUUACAUCGAGGAAUCGGACAGCCGCGACGUGAAGAUCGAAAAGCUGGCGCGGCUGGACCAACGGCCGACGUGCCAAGUCAAUUCCUGCCACAAGAACUGGGUCGUUCUCGACGAUUUACGGAACCGGACGGCGAUGCGGCGGGCGUAUUACGCGCGCGACCGCCGGAACGCGCCGAUCCUGCGCGACUUCAGCCGCCGCCUUCGUGAGAUCUUUGCGAUGUAUCCGUUACUUGUGGCCACCAACGCAAGCGAGCCAUAGUAGCAGUAGGGGCAUGACCUUGGUGAAAGUGGAUUCCGGUGAGUCGGGUCUCGUGAUAGUCGAAAAAGGACUAAUGUUUUGGGCGGAAUAUGAGUCUGCGUCGUCCAAGCUGGAAAAAGUCCUCGUCGGAACGGCGGGGCCGAGAGAGCAUUGCGAUGCAGGGGGAAAUAAAGUGUGUAGCUCCAUGGAGGGGUACGAGUUUGGACCUGCGUACGUAUGUGGCUGCCCUGGCCAAAAUCGCCGCCGGCCAAGUCACGGUGGCUGGGAACUCAGGCUCGAAUCCCAAAAAUUAGAGCCUGAGGACCGACGUGAACCACACUAUUACGUCGCCGAUUAGCCCACUUUUGCUACCAUAAAACACUACCGGCCUACUAGCCUCCCAAGAGUCCACUAGAAACAUACCGCAGUAGACUAUCCGUCUAUUAAAUUU